AUGAGCUCGAAAUUGAAGAACGAACUCAAGUCAGAGGGCGCCAUCGAAGCGGCUCAGGAUCCCGACAACUCUGCCACGGGCGAAGAUGCAAACCGAGUCAUAUUAGACGAGAGCAAGAAAGCCGGUUCGGCGGCGCUGCAUUUCGAUCCAAAUGCCUCACCUGAUGAGAAGGCCGCGCAAGCCAGGACGCGGAUGAACGAUACCAAACGUCCACCCAAGGGCAUUGGCGUUGUUACCGACCUUGACGACGAAAAACCCGACCAGUACGAUCUUCCUCCGCCUCAAUCCAUUGCCGCAGCCGAGGCCGCCAACGUGCCCACCGCUCAGAUUGGAGCAGCAAAUGGGAAACCUCCUGAAGAAGAAGAUGAAGAAGAUGCAGAACAAUGGUCCAAAGUCGGAUGGGCCCCUCGGUUCGGCAGUGGUGAGACGGAAGAGGAUAAAGAGGCUGGAGACCUCCUCGACCAUCAAACACUUUUGGAGGGAAGGUUGGAUGAGAAGUUUUUCGGGGAUUGGUAUCACAAUACUGCGGUCAUCAUAUUUGCGUGUCUAUCAUCAUGGCUGGUUGCUUUGUUCGGCGGCGGCCUAGGCUGGGUUCUCAUCAUCAUGGCUACCUGUGGGACCUACUACAGAACCUCCAUCCGACGAGUGAGGCGGAAUUUUCGAGACGACAUCACUCGUGAACUGGCGAAAGCCCGCUUGGAAACCGACACCGAAAGUCUUGAAUGGAUGAACAGUUUUUUGGUCAAAUUCUGGCCCAUCUAUGCCCCACAGCUUGCCAAAGCAAUCGUUCAAUCGGUCGACCAAGUUCUGAGUACCUCGACUCCGGCGUUCCUCGAUAGCAUGAGAUUGGAGACUUUUAUUUUGGGCACCAAACCUCCCCGCGUCGACCAUGUCAAGACUUACCCAAAGUCGGAAGACGACAUUGUGAUGAUGGACUGGAAAUUCAGUUUUACGCCCACCGACACAAUGGAUAUGACGGCGCGCCAGCUCAAGACCAAGAUCAACCCCAAGGUUGUGCUUGAAAUCCGAGUCGGUAAAGGUGUGGUCAGCAAGGCAAUGAAGGUCAUCGUGGAAGAUUUCGAAUUCUCCGGCUUGAUGCGUGUCAAGAUGAAAUUGCAGAUUCCGUAUCCGCACAUCGACAGAGUCGACAUAUCGUUCCUCGGCCGGCCCACAAUUGACUAUGUCUGCAAACCUCUUGGUGGAGAGACCUUUGGCUUCGACAUCAAUUUCAUUCCGGGACUGGAAUCCUUUAUUAAAGAACAGAUCCACGGAAAUCUUGCCCCCAUCAUGUACGAUCCAAAUGUUUUCCCCAUCGAAGUGGCCAAGAUGUUGUCGGGCAAUCCGAUCGAUUUGGCGAUUGGCGUUGUUGCCGUCACGAUCCACAACGCUCACGGCUUGAAGAAUCCUGACAAAUUCUCUGGCACCCCAGAUCCUUAUGUGGUCGUCUCAUUGAACAGCGCCAAAGAGCUUGCACGGACCAAGACCAUUCAUGAAGACCACAACCCACGUUGGAACGAGACUUUGUAUAUCAUCAUCACGAAUUACACGGAUGCUCUAACUCUGCAAGUCUACGACUACAAUGAUGUUCGCAAGGAUAAGCAUCUAGGCACGGCCACAUUCGCCCUGGAUCAGCUCGAAGGGUCUGCCGAGCAUGAGAACUUAUCCCUGGAUGUCCUUGCCAGUGGGAAACCACGUGGAGUUAUCUCGACCGAUAUUCGCUUCUUUCCUGUCCUGGAGUCUGAAAAGCUGGAAAGCGGAGAGAUUCUUCCACCACCGGAAUCUAACACGGGUAUAGCCAGGAUCACGAUCGAACAAGCCAAAGAUCUGGACGGUAGUAAGAGCAUGGUUGGGGCUUUGGAUCCUUAUGCCGUUCUACUUCUCAAUGGCAAAGAGAUUCAUGUCACCAAUAAACUCAAACGCACCAACAACCCGGUCUUUUCUGACAAUACCAAGUCCGUCCUCAUUACCGACCGUAAGAAGGCUAGAAUUGGUCUGGUUAUCAAGGAUAAUCGUGAUCUUUCCACCGACCCGGUCUUGGGCAGUUACCAGAUCAAAUUGGAUGAUAUGAUGAAAUUGGUGGACAAAGGCCAGGAGUGGUACAGCUUGCAUGGAACCAAGACCGGGAAGGCCAAGUUGAUGUUGGACUGGAAACCAGUUGAACUGAAAGGUGUUACCGGAUCUGGCGGCUAUGUUACCCCCAUUGGUGUCAUGCGGAUACAUGUCAAAAGUGCCAAGGAUCUACGAAACUUCGAAACCGUGGGCAAAUCUGAUCCGUACGCCAGGGUAUUGCUCUCAGGCAUACCCAAAGGCCGCACAGUCACCUUCCAGAACCAACUCAAUCCUGAGUGGGACGAGGUUAUCUAUGUCCCCAUGCACACGCCCACCGAGCGCCUGAUUCUAGAGGUCAUGGAUGAAGAGAAGCUCGGGAAAGAUCGCUCUUUGGGAUUGGUCCAAAUCGCUGCCUCAGAUUUCAUCAAAGAAAGCGAUGAAGGCGGAUAUGAAGUCCAUGAUACGAAAAAGGAGUUCUCGGAGGGCCUCCGGAUAGGCGGCGUCGGUGGGACGAAGGGCACGGUCAGCUAUACGGUGUCAUUCUAUCCGACUUUGAAUGUCAUUGAUCCCGAAGAGGAAGAAGAAGAACGCAAGGCCCAGGCCGACGUUGAUGCCGCCGGAUCUGCGCCGGCCACACCUGCACACAGCAAGAAAUCUUCCGUUGAUGUCAAAUCCUCAGUCGAACAGACGAGACCAAGCGUCGAAGACCGAAAGAGCUUGGAAGCAGCUGGCCGGCUUGGGUCUUUGCCAAAUGGUACUCCGUCCAUCAACGGUUCUGUGACCUCUGUGAAGAAACAGGCACCUAAGGUCAGGAUUAAUGCGGAAGAUCUUAGCAAAUAUGAAUCUGGUCUCCUCGUGUUUAAUAUCGUCGAGGGUCAUUUUGCUCAGACCGAUGUCCAGCUGGAAGUUCUGAUGGAUGACCACGCUUUCCCUGCAUACGUCUCAUCGAAAGUUCGACAACGCGAACAUCAUUUUGGUGAAACAGGUGACGCGAUGGUUCGGGAAAUCGAUAUGUCUCGAAUCACGUUGCGAUUGACGGAGAAAACCGACAAGGCCGGUAAAUCAGACGAAGAAGAUGUCAUUGCGAAGUUGACGGGUCCCACGCUUGUUACCCUGCAGCAAUGCCUAUAUAAGCCUACGGAACUGACUUUGAGGAGCAACAGCGGUGCUGUCAACAAGGUGGUGGUCAAUUUGAAAUACUUGCCGGUCCAGAUGCAGCUCGACCCCAGCGAGAGUAUUAACAACAUGGGGACUCUCCGAGUCGAUGUUUUGGACGCCGCAGAUCUUCCCUCUGCUGAUCGCAAUGGCUACAGUGAUCCGUACUGCAAAUUCCGACUCAAUGGAAAGGAGGUGUACAAGACCAAGACCCAGAAGAAGACACUCCAUCCGGCGUGGAACGAGUUUUUCGAAGUGCCAAUUUCUUCUCGAACGGGAGCCGAUUUCAAGGUGGAUGUAUAUGACUGGGAUUUUGGAGACAAAGCCGACAUGCUGGGCUCUGCAGAUCUGAAUCUGCAGGUGCUGGAACCUUUCCAACCCCAGGAAUUGACGUUCGCCUUGGACGGGAAAUCGGGCGUUCUUCGACUGAGAAUGUUGUUCAAGCCCGAUUAUAUCACCCGUGCGCGACAAGGAACUUCCACAUUCUCCGGCACAUUCGCCCCCGCUGGUAAGGUGAUCGGUGCACCUGUGAAAGGAGUUGGUAAGGUGGGGGGAGGCGUAGUGAAAGGAGCCUCGUUCAUCAAACGCGGCUUGAUGGGGCGAGGAAGCAAGGACGAAGCGCCAUCCAACAUCAACGGAAGCGUAUCGACCGAGGAUGCGGUUGUGACUCCCACGACCACUCCAUCAAAGGCCUCUCCUGUGGUGGACGGAUCGGCUCCUCCCGUCACACCGACAUUGCUCCAUACCCGCACCAAGAGCAACCAUUCCACCAUGACUACGACCAAGGGUGGAGAGACGGGAACAGCCUACUUCAUCAUUGUGUCGGCUAGAGGGUACCCGCCUGGGGCAGAUGUUCGAGUGCAUGUCAAGAUGAUGGGAUCCAAGCCAAAGGACUUAUUCAAGACCAAAGCAGUCAAGUCUUCGUCCGGUACGGUGGAAUUUGAUACCACUCACGAGAAUUUCAAGGUUCCAUGUUCGGCCGACACCCAGUUCGGGGUGUUGGUUGAAGAUAAAGGUACUUUCCGUUCGGAAGAUUUGGGAGAAGGAGUGUUCUUUGUGUCGGAUCAGGGCGGUGGUUCCGAGCAAGUCGUCAAGGCUGGACCGGGCACUGUGACAAUUCGAAGCAGCUUCACAGCCAAUGCUGGGCCUUUCUCAGACAGCCUCAAGCCUGGCAGCAGCGGGCGGGAUAGCCCGGACUCGAAGCGGGAUGGACGACGCAGCUUCUUUGGGCGGAGAGAUGUGAGCGGCAAAAACGAGGGACAGUGA